UCGCUGAGGAUUUUGAAUAUUUCUCGACAGUUCGACCUCCACCAUCACCGAACCAACAGCUUUGUCUACUCUCGCUCGCAGCAUCUACGUUUUCCGAGAUCUACUGAUUACGGAGCAUUGAAAAGAUAAAACAGCAGAAGGAAUGUCGACACCAGCACAAACAGCAACCUCCACGCGCGCGGUGGCGUUUUCGCUAUACCGGUCGCUGCUGCGCACGUCGCGGCAAUUCACAGCCUACAAUUUCCGCGAAUACGCCCUGCGGCGAACGCGCGACGGGUUCCGGGAUCACAAGGCCGAGUCAGAUCCGCGAGCGAUCGAGGACUUUUUGACAAAGGCGGAGAAGGAGCUGUCGAUGCUGAAGCGGCAGACGGCGGUUAGCCAGAUGUAUCAGUUCAAUGAGCAGGUUGUCGAGUCGAAGCAUAGCAGACCGCAUCGGAGGAUUUCGACGGCUUGAGUGGGGGGAUAGAAUGUGGAUGGGUUCGGAAGUCGUGGUGGGCGUGGGUCUUGCUUCAGAGUGGUGGCCGUGUUGGCGAGGUCGAGUAUCCGGGGACGCCGGCAGUGUGAUUUCGGAGCAGCUGCGGUCUGAGUGUUCGCGUUGCUGGUCUUUAUUUGCAUCAAGGAACGGGUUAUAGGACCGAGAAAGAUGUUUGGGAAAUGAAAGCGAAAAGAAGGAUUGUAGAAUAGAACGCGCUCGGCACUGCUUCUAAUCAAACAAGCGUCCCAACCACGAACUGCAGCUACAAGCAUCUAUGUUCUCACAUAUAAUCUACAUUUAUCA